UUCCACACCAUGCUCUCGUUUAUUGUAGACAAUGAAUCCAUAUUCUCUGCUCCCGAGAACCCGGCAAAGUAUGUUAGCUGGAUAUUUGGACUACCGGCCAUUAUCAUGUUUUUUCUGACCAUUCCCGAUUGCCGACGUAAGGGCUGCGGGCGGAACACUUACGCGGCAACGUUUUGCUUGGCAACCAUUUGGCUGGCUGGUUUAUCUUACAUUUUGGUUUGGAUGAUCACUAUCAUAGGUUAUACAAUACAUCUGUCUGACAACGUGAUGGGAUUUACCUUUCUGGCUUUUGGCACCAGUCUACCUGACCUAUUUGGAUCUAUAUAUGUUGCAAGGGAUGGAUAUGGUGAUAUGGCCGUUGCAAAUAUUAUUGGUAGUAAUAUCUUUGAGGUGCUAGUCUGUCUAGGAUUUCUGUGGUUUGUACGAAUAGCAACCAACAGCAAUUGGGAACCGAUCGAAAUCAGCAGUAACAGCCUUAUUCUUAUGUCUGCUGGCCUCUUUACUACUGUCAUCGUUAUAGUAGUAGCUCUCUGGUUGAAAGACUGGGUACUCGACAGAAAACUAGGUUUAUGGUCGUUAGCCACGUAUGUCAUUUUCAUGACAAUAGUGAUUCUAUACGAACAGGGCCUAUUGGGUUCAAUUGCAGAAUACCCGCUACCCACAUGUCAAGUCGUAUAGGAGUGUUUGUUCUUGUGUUAUGAACGAAUCGUAACAUGCACCAUUCGUCAAAGGAACAUGUAUGUAAGAGAUAUGCCUCAUAUGCAAUUAAUCGUAUCAUGGACCUAUACAUUUUAAAAUGGUUAUUUUAGCUCUGUGCUCGCAUACAGUUGAACAUUUAGGCAAUAAUAGUUUUAAAAGCCGAAAAGUUAAAAAAAAAGAAGAAUAUUUCUAAUUAUUGUGUUUUCUAAGAAACCUUUAUGUAAACCUGUUUAGACAUACACUCAGUGAAGGCGCCACGCCGCUAAGGGAAGGGAAUUUUUUACCAACUUUACUGAAUUCGACGUGAGCAGUUGCUUACCACGAUCAAUAUCAGCAAUGUGUUGAUAUAACCUUAUCUC